CGUAUGGAGAAAAGACUUGAUCGCUCUUAUAGAGCACUUCGACUACGGAAACGUACAACACCCUUAGCUUCUAUUCCGUGUUUACAAUGCCCAAUGAGUGGAGAAUGUACACCCGGUCAUGUAAUAUCACCAGAGAAUUGUGAAUAUUUUAGACAAUAUUUUGAACUUUAA